CGGGCGGGCGCUGACGUCACUUCCUCCGCUCUGGCGGCGCAGGGAGUAAAGGCGAGCAGCAGGCAGAAGGCAAAGCAAGGCAGUGAGGAGAGGAGGCUCUGCAUCGAACUCUCUUAUUUAUUCUGUAUCCCUGCUGUCACUUCUCCCUAUGUGAGUCUACUGCAAGGAUAAAUAUGGUAUCCUGAUUACUUUGAAAUCCCAUUGAUCCCAGUGGAACUUCACAAAUGCCUAAAUCAAAAGAACUCGUGUCUUCAAGCUCAUCUGGCAGUGAUUCAGACCGUGAGGUUGAUACAGGGCAUGUGAAUCAUCUACUGUCGGAAAAAAGGAAAAAACAGGCAGCACCAGAAAAACCUGGAAAGAAACAGAAGACUGGUGAAAGUUCCAAAGGUGCAGCUUCCUCUAAGCAAAGUAGCAACAGAGAUGAGAACAUGUUUCAGAUUGGUAAAAUGAGGUAUGUCAGUGUUCGUGAUUUUAAAGGUAAAGUCCUAAUCGAUAUUAGAGAAUACUGGAUGGAUCAAGAAGGUGAAAUGAAACCAGGCAGAAAAGGUAUCUCUCUAAAUCCAGAACAGUGGAGCCAGCUGAAGGAACAGAUUACUGAUAUUGAUGAAGCAGUAAGAAAACUGUAGAUGAGCCAUGGAGAAACUCUGUUAUAGGUUUAAGUAGUGUUUAUACAUCAGCAUUCAUUUUCUAAACUUAUUUGUUUUCCAAGCUAUUGUAUAUUUGGAUUGCAAAACAAUUUGUAAGAUGGACGCUUUUUUUUAAUGUGCAUUAAAAGUGUAUUCUGAGUGAA